GUCAACGUUGACCAUUGCUAAGGGAAGAACGAAAGGAAGAAGAGAAAAAUCGUGGCUGCUCCGUCUCUCUUCUUCCCUCUGCUUUCGUCCAUGUCAAAAGCAUUUUCGCUUCUUCUUUUCAACUCUUCGCUAAACCCUAUUUUCCCUUGAUUUUCCUUCUCUCCAAACACAAUCCUUCCUCCAUUUCCCUUUGUGUUCUUCUCAACUGCAAACUUAUAAAUCCCCUCGCAAUCGCAUCAAUCGAUCGAUCGCUCGGUGUUCGAGUUUAACCUCUUUUUACGUUUUUUGUUUUUGAGGGUUGGAUUAGAUUUUGAUUCUUUCGGUUGAGAUAUGUCUAAUUUGCAAUCGAAUUUCAAUCAGAAGAUUGAUUAUGUUUUCAAGGUCGUGUUGAUCGGAGAUUCUGCGGUGGGGAAAUCGCAACUUCUCUCCCGUUUUACUAGGAAUGAGUUCAGUUUGGAUUCGAAGGCGACUAUCGGGGUUGAGUUUCAGACGAAGACGCUUGUUAUUGACCAGAAGGCUAUCAAGGCGCAGAUAUGGGAUACUGCUGGUCAGGAGAGGUAUCGUGCAGUGACAAGUGCAUAUUACAGAGGUGCUGUGGGGGCAAUGCUGGUCUACGACAUGACGAAGCGUCAAACGUUCGAUCAUAUAGCUAGAUGGUUGGAAGAAUUGCGUGCCCAUGCAGACAAGAAUAUCGUUAUAAUGCUUAUAGGGAACAAGUCCGAUCUAGGCUCUCUUCGCGUUGUGCCUACAGAAGACGCAAAAGAGUUUUCUCAAAUGGAGAAUCUGUUUUUCAUGGAAACAUCCGCGCUCGAGGCAACUAAUGUAGAGGCAGCAUUCAAUACUAUCCUAACAGAAAUUUACCGAGUUAUCAGCAGGAAGGCGCUGAUCGCAAACGAAGAAACUGAUUCGGGAGGAAGCUCAUCACUCCUCAAAGGAACAAAGAUUGUUGUCCCUGGACAAGAGCCUCAGUCUGCAACUUCUGGCUGUUGCAGGAGUUAACAGAGUAGUAUUCUUGUUUGACUUCACCAUAUUCUCACAUGAAUUGCUUCUUUUUACAGCCUACACAAACACAAUACCGCUGGUCUCCAAAAGAGUACAAGACUAUUGUAUUUCAUACUUUUGAUGAUACAAGGUAAAAUAGUACUGAUGUUCUAAGCUUUCUGUUUAGAGGCUCUGUCACCAACAUAAUGUACAUUUUGAUCGAGCAAAAGCUUAAUGUUGUCGUUCUUGUAUUCU